GGCGGAUUGUUCAAAAUAAUUUCAUGUAACACUUUCAAAACGUUACACUGUAGCGGUAUUUAAAGGUCAUUACAUGUGAAAAUACUGAUAUGAGUUUGUUUUCCUUAUUGCAGGGCAGCAAUAAGUAAACCUACUAGAAGAAGAGGAACAAGCAAUACGGAAGCUGAACCUGUAAAACAUCAAAUUAAUCCAUUUUCUGAUAAGUUUUUUAUUGUACUCGACCCGUGUUAUUCAAUUUUAAAUAUAUAUAUCUUUUGUGUCAGUACUUCGUGUUCUUACUUCAGUGGCUUUUACUGGUCCUGACUGUUGUGUUGUGUGCCGGAUCGCUCCUGCUUCCAAGUAAAUGCUAAAAAUCUGGUUAUCUAUAAUCCAACAUAUUGCUCCUCACAAUCCUCUAGCAACCAAGUUACUUUCAGGCUGGACAAAAUUUUUGUGAAAUCUAAACAUUAAAAUCAUAUGGACUUGUUUAAGCUGUAUACAAAAGGGAUUUUGGAUUCAUGGACAGCUUUACGCCUUGGUCUAAAUCAGGAGUCUGGAGGCCCAAAUACACAACAGAAAGUAGGAUUAUUGUAUGAACAUCUACCUCAGGUUGUUUUGAAGUCUAAACACGAGGAUGAAAUAAGCGACUUUUUGGAAGAUUAUUUAGACGAUGAAUUAAAUAUUAUUUGUGAAGACAAAUCUCAUGAAGAAGUUGCACGUCUAAUAUACGAAGGGCUUCUUCUUUUUCGAAAUAAAAAGACCAAUGAGCUUCAGGAUAAAAUAGACAAACUAACGACUGCUUGUAAUCUCAACCAAUGUUUAUCACAAGACCAAACUACUGAUGCUGACGAUUUGACUUGCAGUGAGUCCGAUUCAGGAAGUGAGGAGGAUAUUGACAUGGAGUAAAAGUUUUUUCAAAAUGUAUAAUAUUUCCUUGUACAUACUACUUUGCUUUGAUUGUAAUAAUGCAUUGUCUUUUUUAUUAUCUGCUAUUAUUAAACAUGUGUAAGUUGCAA